AUGAUCAGAGAAAAGAUGAAAGCUGCACAUGAUCGACAGAAGAGUUACUAUGAGAAGAGGAAGAAGCCUUUGGAGUUCCAGGUGGGUGACCAUAUGUUUUUGAAGGUCUUACCUGUGACUAGAGUUGGGAGAGCUCUGAAAUCUCGGAAGCUAUCUCCUAAGUUCAUUGGACCGUUCGAAGAAGUAUAUGUGUUGGAUCCUUCUCAUGUGAUCGACCUUGACCCGAUUCAAGUAAGAGAGGACUUGUCCUACAAUGUGUACCCCAUGAAGAUUGUAGAGCACUGUAUUAAGCAGUUGAGGGGUAAGGAAAUCUCGUUGGUAAAGGUGAUAUGGAGCUCAAGUGAUGAGGGAGAUGCUACAUUGUAUCCAGAGUUGUUUGUAUAG